AUGACAAUUGUUGGUCCUCAUAGCAGACAAUUCUUUCUUAGGUAUUAUUUGAACUAUAAGAAGAGUGGAAAACCUAAACGUGUGAUGUUCUACAAUAAUGGUGAAUGGUUGGAUUAUCCUAGAGAUAUUGUUAGUUUGGUCAAGAAUGAUCUUGAAAUGAAAAAGGCAGCUCUGGAAAUAAGGCUAAAUGGUUGUGAACUUAUACUAGAUUUUUUACACAUGUGCCAGGUGGACUUGAAAACCGAUUUGCAACAACCAAUAGCAUGGAUUGUUGAGGUAGGAGGUUGCUUUUUCCCUGAAACUUGUGUUGUUUCUGAUGGUAAAUCUUAUAACUUAUGGGAACAUGAGAGAGUGAAAUUAUGUAUUGAAAUCAAAGUGAACGAGGUUGAUGAAUCCAAGUUGAGGGAGUGUAGUGGGGAGCCUAAGAAUAAAGUAGGUUUUGUUCCUUAUGCUGAAUCUAUACAAGGAAAUUUGGAUUUGGAUGAUGUACAGAAGAUUUUCCUUAAUGGAAUGAACAUUUUUGACAGUAUUUAUGUUGAGAUAGUGGAGGCAUAUCGCUGCUUAGGUACAUUAAUGCAAGCACAAUUGGAGCUAUUCCAGACUCAAGCUAAAAUUACAAAAGAACUACAUGGGGAUGCAAAUUUUCGAUAUGCUUGGCUUCCUUUUUCUAAAGAAGAUUUAUCUACAAUGAUGAAGUAUGGACUUGGGCAUUGUCCACUCUGUGCAACCAAAUGCACGUACGGUGCUGGUGUUUAUCUUGCAGCUGUUACCUGCCCUUAUGCUAGUGCUCGUUAUUGUGAUACAGACGAAAAGGGUGUUCGACACUUGGUUCUUUGUCGCUUAAUAAUGGGGAGCAUGGAAGUUUUUUUUCCUGGCAUUGGCUCCGCCACCGGUCAAUUUCAACCCAGAAAAUCUAAAUAUGAUACUGGAGUUGAUGACAUCCAAUGCCCAAGAUACUAUACAGUAUGGAAUACGAAUAUAAAUACUUACAUUUAUCCAGAAUUCAUUAUUAGUUUUAAGGUCUCAGGAAAUGCUGAAGACUAUUUUUGUGGAAAAGUGAGAGUAAAUAAUGAUUCCGGUGCUAAUUCUUCUAGUUCCAAUUUGACUAGUCAUGGUUCUAGUGACUUCAUAGAGUCAGCUACUUCAGUGGAUAAUGAGUUUUAUCCUUUUUUUUCUUCUUCUGAUUUUAAUGCCAUUCGAGUAAUUUCUAUGUUGGUCCUGGCUAUUACUGACAAGGUUUCUUCCAGUGAUAUGAGUUUUAUCAAAGCGCAUUAUGAACUAUACAAGAUACUAUCAAACGAUGAAUUGGAAGGCUCCAACCAGAAUGAAGGCAGAGACUCACUGUCUAUGAGGAAUUGA